CUGUGGGAAAUUAUACCUUUCCACUGUCUCUCAACAAUAAAAGGGCCAAAAAAUCCAAGCAGCAUUUAUUUGACAGCUAUUUUCAGUUCUAUUCAGGGUGGAUUAUAUAUCACAUUAGAAAACAAAGCAUGAGCUACAGGAUUAAAAAUUACCAGGGGAUAAGUAAUCACCUGAUAUGAUACAGUCUUAACAAAACUGAACAUUAUAUGCUUCACUAAUUCCAGGCCUAUUAUAUGGGAUAGCAUUGUAUUACAGGGCAUGGACAAAUCAUGGGAUUUUGUCUCUGUAGCAGCCAAAGCAUAUUUCACUUUUUCACACCCUCAGACCUGCUUCCUGCAAACAUUUCAAGCAAUAGUUUGCAUGCCUGCUUUCCAUUUCAGAACAGUCAUUGAUUCCAGCUUCCAGUCAAAAAGAAGAAUUGCUUAAUUUUGCUGUAGUUUAGCAGCAGUCAAGUGAGCAAAUUAUAUAAAGCAAAUUAUAACCGAUAGGAAAUACAUGAUCAAAGUGAUUUACUCAUGUCAAUUUUACAGACCAUUGUCUUAUCGCAGUGAUCUCUCCACCUAAUUAGUUCUAAAUGAAUAUAAGAAGUAUUCCCAUGAGGUUUUAUAAUGGGGAAAUGGGGUCCAUGGAGAGUAUAAGAAUUCUGUUUUGCAAAUGGUGAGCUAUAGCAAUGAAAAAUUAGGGGGGCGGGGGCUCUUUUUCCUGCUGGAUUAAUGCCCACCUCUGUCUAGAUAUGUUUUAAUUCAUCAUAAAGGGGAUUGCCUUAGUGAAACAGCCUUUACAGUGUGACACUGACCUCUAGUGGAUGAAAGUGAUAGAAGCACACAGAAUGUGUGGGCUGUGUUGCAAUAGUGGUUCUCAGGAGCAUUAGUGGUCAUAGACCAUGUUCGGGUGUGUUGGUAUUAGAAUUAAUCAGCUGAACCUUAUUUUAAUUAAAAGCAAAUAUGGGAGUCCUACAGUAAUGAGGAGGUUGAUGGUGUUUUCUCAUCAUGAAAACCUGUGUUUAUUUAAAGACAUGAUGUAUAGAUAUAUAUAGAUAUGCACAUUUUGUAAUGGCUCAUGUGAGUCUAGCUCUUGUGAAGUCAGGAAAGGUCUGGAGUUGUCAGAGCUUUCUAGAAGGGGAAGCACAGGUGCUAUAUCUGGCAGCAGCGGCCCCCAACAGGCUGCUCAGAUACCAAACCAGAGGAGCAGCAGAGGAAGUAACAGGGGAGCCUGAGUGAGACUCACAAAUGACAGAAGCUGAGAGAGCCAUUCCGGAGACCAAGGGUAAACCCAUGGCCUUCCGGUCCCAAAAAGAGAUGUUUGAGAAGAUGGAGGAGUCCUUUAAAAUCUGUGUGCAUUGUGAGAAGAGGCCAAAUCAAUUAUCAAACCCACAGAACCUGAAGCGUUGUGCUAGAUGUCUAAAUGUUUAUUACUGCUGUAAAGACUGUCAGAAGGAGGACUGGCCCAAACACAAGAAGUUCUGCUCACAGCUGCGUCUAGCUGCCAUUGACAGAAUCGUGGAGUGGCUUGUGUUCAAAGGAGAGCUUCCAUUCCCCACAGAAAAAUGGUCAAAGCCCCAGUCAGAGGUUAAAGGUUGGGAUGACUGGCUUACGAUGCAGGGAGAUCUCACAGUUCGUAUCAAUCCCAUUUUAAAUGGAGCAAACUUGAAAGACUUGUGGACCGACGCUGGCAGGCCUCGGCCUGACGAUGAAGAACUGAAGCAGUCUCUGUGGAGGGUCUGCAGUGAGUUUUUCUCCAGGCCUCUGACCAUCGCUUGGGGGAUGAGGCUGUUUGGCCUUAACCCUUAUUCCAAACCUCUCACCAUUCACCUGGUGGGAGCAGGACACAGCGAGACACUGGCAGCCAGACUGACUGACUACGACGAGCUGAACAACAUGUUUCCUGGACACCAGGGAAUCGAGAUAGUCAUGGUUGGACCAGAAGUGGUGGAUGGCCCCAUUGUGAGGCCUCCUCUCAGAGCGUUUGGUCCCAAGCAGAGGGUUUACAUCAGUGCCUACAAGGGCCUCUACCACGAGUUCUGGGAGGAGCUGGUGGAGAAAGAGGAAGCAGCCAAGCCAGACCUGGUUGUUGGAUUUCAUCCUGGGUUUGAUGCCAGUCAAGGCCUGGACCAGGGUUGGCUUCCAACGCUUCUGCUCCUCAGGGAUUAUGAGAUUCCUUCACUUUUCACUGCUCUUAAUGACACCGAGAUGACCUACUCCCUGCAGAUCCUGUUGGAGUUGGAGAUGGACAUGAAGGGAAGUGGGGCCAACCCCUUCUCCUCACUCAAACCGGAAGUGGUGGGCUCAUGUCCCAACAAGCCUCCUGUCUACUGCAACUCCCACUACUUCUGUUUUCAGGGUCUACUGGAGACUGUGGAGUUUGAGGAACCAGAUGAGGCCUGAAGCAGCUAAGAGCUACAGUGUGCACAGCCUUUUGCCUUUCACAUCUGAAGCUCUGAUUUCUUUUCUUUUUUUUCCCACUAUGAAGCAUUGUUUUUGUAUGCUCAUGUUUUCUUGUAACAUUUUUCUAAAAAUAGCAUGUAAAUACAUAUAUAUUAUUGUUAUAAAGCUGUUGCCAUUUCACUUUCUUAACAGCUGGGAGUGUUGGUUCUGACAUUUACAUUCACUAUCUUAGUUUCACGUCCUGCAACUGUGGGAGUUGUAAGAUUUGAAUAUACUGUCUCUGAACUAUUGUUGUGUUAGCAGAGAGGCAAUAAAACUUUG